UAUCCUACUACGGCUAAUUGCAAUAUAAAGGCCGCAUACCAAGGCCCGCGAAGACAAGUUCAGAUCACUAAAGAGCAUCAUAAUCCGCUUUGAUAGACUAAGAGAAAGUCAGUUUUAAGGAUGAGCAGAAGUAAAUAAAAGUAAUAGUCAGGGUAGACAGGAGAAGGAUUAACACUUUAUUGACUUUAAUGAAGUAAAAAUAUCACUUUAUGGUUUUUUACACUCUGCAGCGAUAAAACCAAGGUCUGAGAUAUAUUCAAAAUAUACACAACAAUCGAACAAUAUUAAAAAAAAUGUAUCAAGAACAAACAAAAAAUGUUACGAACAUCUAUCAAAUGUUUCAGAACUCUUUAUAUAUCUAUCAAUACACGAAUGGGAUAACCGAAUUAACAGAAAAUAGUAGUACGACCUGCACAUAUGAAGAGCUACGUAAAAAAACUGAAAAUCUUGCUGCAAGUCUGUCUGGAAUCGGUUUACAUAAAGGAGACCGAGUUGGUUUAUUCAUGGAAAAUGGUAUUGAACGCAUUUAUAAAGUGUUAGCAUUAGUUAAAUGUGGAGUUGUAUUCGUACCAUUAGAUCCAGUAUACAAAAAGCAAAUAAUUGAACAAAUUAUCAAGGAAACUUAUCUAACACAUGUUAUUCUUGGAGAAAGUCAAAAAACAAAAGAUCUAUGGGACCAGUAUGAUAUUAAUAUAAACGUUUUAAGCAUUAAUUCGUUUUACGACCCGAUACCGAAUUCAAUAAACUGCUUGCUAAGUGAUAAUAUCAGUGAGGAAGAUCCGGUUUGUAUAUUAUAUACAUCAGGAAAUAGUGGGGUCCCAAAAGGUGUGGUCUUGUCACAUAGAAACUUUUUGGCAAUGGUUGCCUGGUAUACAAAGACAUACAAACUCUGUUGUACAAAGGAUGUCUUGUGUUUGCACUCGCAUUGCACGUGGAUUACAUAUUGGAUGGAAAUGUUUAUUGCACUGCUAAAUUGCAUACCCUGUGUUGCAAUAUCAGAAGAAAAUGUUAAAAAUUUUCCAUUGUUUUCUCGUCUUCUUAAGGAACACAGUGUUAGCUUGUUUAUUGGUUCACCGACACUUUUUUUUGAAAUAUUAAGAUGGACCGACAUUAACAGUAGUUUAAAAAUGAUCAACAUUGGUGGAGAAUGUAUACCUUCCACAAUACUAUCGACUUUUUCAAAACAUUUCCCAAAUGCAUCAGUAUACAAUGAAUAUGGACUUACCGAAUCCACUGGUAUUGCUAUUGCCACGGUUAAUUGUCUAUCGAAAUACGAAAAUAGUUUAAUAAUUGGAAACCCUAUUGAAUGUGUAAGAGCAUAUAUUGUUAACGACGAAGGGAUACAAGUAGAAAACGGUUGUGAAGGAGAGUUGUGGCUGUCUGGAGCAACUAUUGCAACGGGUUAUCUUAAUGAAGAAUGCAAUAACCAUUUUUUUAUAAAAAAUUCUUUUGAUAAUGAUGCAAUGUUUUCAAAAAUAUUUAAAACCGGAGACUACGUUAAAAUGACAAAAGAUGGCAUUGAAUUUAUUGGAAGAAAAGACAACAUGACAAAAAUAAGAGGGAAAAAGGUUAAUACUUAUGAAAUCGAAAAAAUUGUCAAAGAAAUAUUUCCAAAUAUUGAAUUGUAUGUAAUUAGAAAACUUAAUAUCAAACGAGGACAAUGGAUGUUAUGCGGUUUUUACAAAACUUCUGAAAAUAUACCACCAACUGUUUUAAGAAAUGCAACAAUUGAGGUCUUCUCUUUCCAAUUGAUUUCAAAGUUUAUUAAAGUAGAAAACUUUCCAACUACCGCUACCGGAAAAAUUAGUCGAAAAGAACUUUCCAAGUAUUUUAUAGAAGAUUAUGAAGAGUACAACUAUCUUAACUAUUUGUUAGAGAGUAAUCAUAAAAUUGACAAACUAAAAUAUGGGGCUUGUAAAACCCUUGAUUUGUGUGACAACGAGUUUGAUCCAAACAAAAACUUUUAUCAGCAUGGAGGAGACUCUAUCACUGUAUUCUAUUUUCUUGAAGAAGUGAAAAAUUUAGGAGUAGAUAUAACAUACAACGAUUUAACUACAAAUUUUAUUGAUUUAUGCAAAGAACACAAUUGCAAUCGUAUUUACAGAAAUACUGCUUUGAUCGACAACAAUCAUAUCCAAAGUGUGUUAUUUAGUAACUUAAAAGAAUCAGAAGUUGAUUUCAUUGCUCAAAGAAUGAUGGAUGCUUUUAUCACCAAAGAAUCAAUGUUCAUGUUUCAUGCGUCAAAAGGUUUUAAUUUUAGAAUGUUUUUUACUGUAAUUGUCAAAGAAUGCUGGGAACGUUAUCCAAAUUUAUGCAUGGCAGUCAAGAUACAAGAUAAGAUUGUUGGAGCUUUUGUAACUUGUCCAAUUGUUGCAGAGGAUCUCCAAUGUAUGGGCUAUCUACCAAUUGAACAACAAGAACUAAUUCAUUUUUGCGAGAAUAAUUUAUUAGAAAAGUUGCACAAUAACGGGCAUAAUAUUGCUGACGCAUUAACUAUGUAUGUUGACAGUGAAGUUUCAAGUGAAUUAAGCAUGAAUGUUUUUAAUGUCCUUUGUCUUAACCAGUUCGAGUUAGUAAAAAAGAAUGGCUUUACAGCGCUUCAUUCAUUUAAUAUGUCGCCUGCAACAAAAGGAGUGGCAAGAACUAUUUUUAAAUCAUCUGUUGAAAAUAUUGUAUACCCACAUCAGUUUAAAUUGAACGAAGAUUUUCCGUACAAGGACUUUGACCCUGGCUAUUGCAUUGAAAUAGCAGUAGAUUAUUUAAAUGAUAUGUAAUGUGACAAGCAACAAAUAAAAUAUUAGAAACUUA